GGGGGAGGGAAGGGCACAGACACUUCCUGGUCGGCGGACGGGCCGGAGGCGCUGGCCAUUCUGGGGCCUCGGUGACGGGACCCCAGAGUCCGGGCCCCCUCGGUCCCCCCUGGCCAUGGAGGGCCUCAACCCGGAGCAGGUCCGCAAGUUCCAGGAAGAUGGCUUCCUCGUCCUGGAGGGGUUCUUUUCUCCAGAGGAGUGUGACGGGCUCAGGGCAAGGAUCGCAGAGAUCGUGGCAGGGAUGGAAGUCCCGCCCCACUGCCGGACAGAAUUCACCACGCAAAGGGAGAAAGUGAUCGAAGCUGAGGGAAGUUCAGAAUAUUUCCUGACCAGCGGUGACAAAAUCAGAUUCUUCUUUGAGAAGGACGUGUUUGACAAGGAAGGCAACUUUAAGGUCCCACAGGACAAGUCCAUCAACAAGAUCGGUCAUGCUCUGCAUGUCCAUGAUCCCAUCUUCAAGAAGAUCACCCACUCCCCACCAAUCCAGGAGAUAAGCAGGAGCCUGGGGUUUGAGGAGCCUGUGGUGGUCCAGAGCAUGUACAUUUUCAAGCAACCGCACAUUGGUGGUGAAGUACGCGCACACCAGGAUUCCACCUUCCUGUACACGGAGCCACUGGGUACCUGCUUGGGUUUCUGGUAUGCGGUGGAGGAUGCCCUGGAGAACGGUUGCCUCUUCUUCAUCCCAGGAUCCCACAAGGAUUAUGACGACAGCAGCUUCAUCGCCAUUCCCGAUCCAGAAAGGUACAUGGUCUCUUCCAGCCGGACUGGAAGUCCAGAGAGAGUCCUGAGCCCCACCUGA